CUAUGAUAUCUGUUAUCUAUUACUGUAGGAUAUCCAAUUUGGGACGUUGUGGUUGAACUAGACUCAUUGUGCAUCCCUAAGUGUGUUGGUUAAAGUUGGAUAACUUUUGCCAGAACAAAAUAAAGCAGAUUAAAGAAGAUGCUACUGCCCGUUGCCAACCACGUCCAGAGACUAUGGGAUAGUUGGCAUAUCAGAGGAUUGAUUAUUCUGAGCCUCCUCCUACAGUCUUUCCUAGUUCUGUUUGCACCAUUAAGAAAGCAAAGAGGUGGGAAAUGGAUCAUCAUGAUUCCACUCUGGAUAGCAUACCUACUUGCAGAUUGGGUGGCUACAUUUACCAUUGGACUCAUGUUGCGUGCUGAAGGCAGUGACAUCUUGGCCUUAUGGGCACCCUUUCUUUUGUUGCACCUUGGUGGCCCUGACACUAUUACUUCCUUCUCUCUGGAGGACAAUGAAUUCUGGAUUAGGCACUUGCUUGAGCUCAUUUUACAAGUUGGUGCGACUCUCUAUGUUAUCCUGCAUUCACUCCCAGGUAACAAACUUUGGCUGCCAACUUUCCUAGUUUUAAUUGCAGGGGUAAUCAAAUAUGCUGAGCGCAACCGUGCCUUUUAUCUCGCAAGCUUUGACCAUUUUGGGAAUAAUUGGGCCUAUAGAUCAAUUAAUAAAGUAUUUGACAUGCCUCCCAUUCCAGUACAAUUUGAACAACUUUUCAAGUCAAGGGUUUUGGCAGAGCUUAAGGAAAACAUCAUCGGACGGCCUCCCCUGUUUUCGAAACCUUGUCUGGCAGCUUCCACGGUAGGCGCUAUCAAGAGCUUACUUGUAGGUCCUCCCUUGACUAAACGCGAACGAAGUUUUUUUUGUUUUUCUAUUCCAAGCAGAGGUGCACAUGAGAUGCUUCGAAUCAUAGAGAUCCAAUUAAGCCUCUUGUACGAGCUCCUUCAUACCAAGUUGCCCGUAGUUGAUUCCAAGAUUGGUUAUAUUUUCCGUACGGUUAACUUUGGUUGCAUCUUGGGAGCCUUGGUGUCAUUCUCAAUCUUACUUAAGAAGUACUACCAUUAUAAGUUAAGGGAGUUCGACAUCUGCCUGACAUAUGGGUUGCUGACCGGGGCAUUGGUAUUGGAUUUGAUAUCCAUCUGGUUACUUACGUUCUCUGAUUGGAUUAUUUGCACAGAGAAUGAUGAUGAACCCAAUAAAAGACUCAGGUGGUCGAACAUUAGAAGACGCAGGGGGUCGAAUUUAGUUCUCCAAUUAACGGAGGACCCGUGUAGAGAGAAUGAUGAUGAAUUCAUCAAAAGGCGCAGGUGGUCGAAUUUAGUUCCCCAAUUAAAUAUUCUAGAUUAUCAUUUCAAGAAUAAAGACGGAGAUUAUCCAAACAAAUUGGUUGAUUUUCUUGGCACCUGCAGUUUGUUUGAAACCAUAAGAAGAAGAAUCCAGUAUGUGUCCCUCGAAAAUUUUGUAGAAGAACAAGCUUGGAAGCUCAUUUUUACAACGCUGUGUGAACAGGAUAUUGGCGAGGCUGGCAUGGAAAUCUUUGGUCCAUCUAGAAUUCUCACCCGUCAUAUUACCAACUUCGCUUGGACCCUCGACAGGUUUGAGCACAUGGAAAGCCUCCUGAUAUGGCACAUAGCCACUGAAAUAUGCUACCAAAAAGGAUGUCCAGAUAACAGCACCAGCAGUUCUGCUUCUACAUCUACUAAUUGUUUUGAUCAUCGAAAAAUAUGCAAGUUGAUUUCAGAUUAUAUGUUUUACCUUUUGGUAAUGGAGCCUACCAUGACAGCUACCUCGCCUAACAAUUUGAAGAUAAUUUUUGAGGUCAAAGAUGGAAAAUGGGAGUGGCCAAGUUAUUGGAAAAAGGGAUCCAAAGGAACAUUAAUUUUCGAUCUGGAAAAGCUAUUGGAGCAAGAACCUACAUAUGCUCAUAUAGAAGAUAUAUUGAAGAAAGAUGUGGACGAGUUAGGAUCCAAUGAAAAGGAUGAUAUAGCUAGCUUUUCGAGAAUAUACCUUGCAUGUUUUCUUGCCAUGAAGCUCCUCAAAUAUGAGCCCGGUGGUUGUCCGUGGAACUUAAUGAGCAGAUUUUGGGUAGAAAUAUUAUGCUAUGCUGCUAUUCAUUCCCAGCCCAUUGUCCAUGCACGACAAGUAAGCAAAGGCGGACAACUUCUCACCUUGGUCUGGUUGUUGAUCAAUUACCUGGGGAUUAACUCCUCCUCCAAAGGAUUCGUAACUGCAAUGGUCGGAUCUUACGAAAGAAGAGAUGACUAGACGGGUAGAGACAGCAUUGCAAGGCCCUCCUUGGCCUCUUCUAUCCUUGUUCUUUCAGAAGGAACUCGUUCACGAGUUGGAGGUCAUCUCAGCCACUUCAUAAAAAUGUCUGUCAAAU